AUGACCUCCCCGUCAACACGCCGACUUUUGAAAGAAUCAACCGACCUCUACAAGAACCCAAGUCCCUACUUCACCGCCGGUCCCGUCGAUGAAUCCAACCUCCACGACUGGCACUUUACACUCGCCGGACCGCCUACUCCAAGCCCCUACGCCGGCGGCUUCUACCACGGCCGCAUCACCUUCCCCCCAACAUACCCCCUCCGCCCUCCAUCCUUCCGCUUCUUAACUCCCUCGGCGCGCUUCGAAGUCAACCGCGAAAUAUGCCUCAGUAUCUCAGGCCACCACGAGGAAACGUGGCAACCGGCAUGGGGGGUGCGGACGGCGUUGCUGGCUAUUCGGAGUGAAAUCUUCGGGUCGGAGAGUAAAGGGCAGGUUGGGGGAAUGGAGGGGGGUGAGACGCUUCGGAAGGAGUAUGCGCGUCUUUCAAGGAGUUGGAAGUGUCGCGAGUGUGGGGUUGAAAAUGAGGGGGCGAUGCGGGAGCUUUGGGAGAGGUGUAAGGAGAAGGGUGUUGAGGUUGAUGUUGAGGGGUCUGACGAUGGGAAGGAUUUGCAGACGGCGGAGGGAAAUGAGAAGCAGAAUGAAGGGAUUCAGACAUCGGUUGCGUCGCAAUCUGCAGAGCUGGCCUCUGCUCCGGUCUCGGUCCCUGCUCCUGCUCCUGCAUCUGCAUCUGCAUCUGCACCUGUUCAAGCACCUCAAUUACAAUCACAGCCUUUGACUUCUACGCCAGCUCUAGCUCCAGCGCCGGCCGCCUCACGCCCUCAGCCAACACCAACUAUUCCGGCCCCAAUUACCGAACCGGCGAAUACUCCAUGGCUGGACCGAGCCAUCAUCGGCGUGGUCGUCGCUCUCAUCCUUCUGGUCUUGCGCCGAGUGACCGACGCCGACGAACUAUGA